AAAAUAGCAACACAACCCACAAACCUCUCUCUGUUGUUUUGUUUGGUUCUUGUUCCUUCUUCAUCAAUCUACUUUCACCAGCAGCAAAUUAUUAUUAGAACCCUUUAGAUCUCCUAUUUAGAUUCUCCUUUACUGAGUUAAAACCGAGUUAUUGUACUCCCGAUCCGAGUUCAACUCAGUUUUUGAUACUAUUAUUUUGUCAUAUUUUUGAAAUGUUGGGUUUAUUGGGUUCACUAUUUUGAAUCCCUUUAUGAAAAUGUCGGCUUCACUUGCUGCAUUUGAGCGUCCACGAAUUGGUACUUCAAAUACGGUUUUCAAGAGUGGGCCACUGUUUAUCUCUUCAAAAGGAUUAGGUUGGAAGUCAUGGAAAAAGCGUUGGUUCAUCCUUACACGUACAUCUCUGGUCUUUUUCAAGAAUGAUCCUAGUACACUUCCACAACGAGGAGGUGAAGUGAAUCUAACUUUGGGAGGAAUUGACUUGAAUAAUUCAGGGAGUGUUGUCGUUAGAGAAGAUAAAAAGCUUUUGACCGUGCUGUUUCCCGAUGGACGUGAUGGGCGAGCUUUUACUCUUAAGGCAGAGACAUUGGAGGAUCUAUACGAGUGGAAGACCGCCCUAGAGCAUGCUCUUGCACAAGCACCUAGUGCUGUUCUUGUUAUGGGACACAAUGGCAUUUUCCGAAAUGACACUGGUGAUUCUAUUGAAGGGUCUUUCCAUCAAUGGAGGGAUAAACGUCCUGUUAAAUCUUUAGUUGUCGGAAGACCAAUUUUGCUCGCCUUAGAAGAUAUAGAUGGAGGCCCAUCAUUUCUUGAAAAGGCACUGAGGUUUCUCGAGAAGUUUGGAACCAAGGUCGAAGGUAUAUUGCGACAAUCUGCAGAUGUCGAGGAAGUGGAGCGGAGAGUAAAAGAAUAUGAACAAGGAAAAACUGAAUUUGUGCCGGAGGAGGAUGCUCAUGUAAUUGGCGACUGCGUCAAGCAUGUGCUUCGUGAGCUGCCAUCAUCUCCUGUUCCUGCUUCCUGUUGCACCGCUUUGUUAGAAGCUUACAAAAUCGAUCGGAAGGAAGCUCGGGUCAAUGCUAUGCGCUCUGCCAUUCUUGAGACAUUUCCUGAACCCAAUAGGCGCUUAUUACAGAGAAUUCUGAAGAUGAUGCAUACAAUUUCUUCACAUGCAUCUGAAAAUCGGAUGACU